AUGAGUUUUGGCUUUGGUGUCGGUGAUUUCCUCGCUACUUUGCAACUCGCCGAUGACUUGAAAAAGCGGUUCGCCCAGGCACCGAGUGGCUUCAAAGCUAUCUCUGGAGAUGUAAAAAGCCUAUGGGCGCUUCUUCAUGACCUCAAUGAUGUUCCUAAUGAAGGGCUCAGUACGACCCAGAAAAUGGAACUGGAUAUAAUCGUCCAGCGAGGCCGUGAAGUCCUGCUGGAGAUCGAACACAAGUUGAGCAAAUACAAUGUGCUUGCUUUUGCAAGUUCGGACUGGAAGACCAAGGCCGUCCGAGCAUGGAGUCGAGUUAAAUGGGACCCUGCAGAGGUGGACAGCAUGCGGAGCCGCAUCACUUAUUGUCUCUCGCUGUGGAAUUUGGUAAUGGGCAAGAUCAAUCAAGAUCUCACCUUGGAGAUCGGAGCAGACAUUCAGUCCAUGAAAGGCCACCACGAUAUGCAGCAGCGCAAUGAAACGCUUGCAUGGAUAUGUCCUAUUGACGCCUCGGAACGACAUCAGAGAAUCAUUAGCUCUCGACACGAGGGAACGGGUAAAUGGUUCCUGGAACGUGAAGAGUUCCGUUCUUGGAUCUCUGAUGAGAAGAGCAAGGCUCUUCUAUGCACCGGGGCUCCUGGUGCAGGCAAGACGGUACUUUCUUCGAUCGCAGUCGACCAUCUUCAGCGGGAAUUCUCCCUCAAUAGCAGUGUUGCAGUUGCUUAUCAUUAUUUUCAUUAUCAGGAGCGGAUUGAAUAUUCUGGGCUCAUGUCAAGCCUCCUGAGACAGUUACUUCAGGGAAAUCAAAGCUUGUAUGAGAGUAUCACGAAAAGGCGCUACCUCCUCCCGCCCAGGUCCACCCAUCUUGCCAAAGAAGAUAUCGAAAAGAUAUUCAAUGUGGCGGUGUCUGAAUGCAGUGAGGUGCUGCUGGUCGUUGAUGCACUGGAUGAGUGUAACGACGUAUACGUGAGGCGUCAAUUCCUUGCUUGGUCCAGAAAACUCCUCGACAUCGGCGGUCGCACGAAGGUCAAGCUCCUUGCGACUGCCCGACCGGGCGAUUAUUUCGGUCAUCUGUUGUCUCGAGGUGAUACUUUGGAUCUCCAAGCCAGCGAAGGCGACAUGGAAGAUUUUCUCGACGGAAACCUUGACUAUCUUCCGCGUUUCCUUCGAAGGAAGCCUGAGCUUUGGGCGUAUGUUAAAAGGCAGAUUCUCGAAUCGGCUGAUGGAAUAUUCUUGCUUGUGCGUCUCUAUUACAACUUAAUCCUGGAUGAGAAGAAUGAGAAAAGAGUCCGAGCACUGGGUAGUCGGUUCCAGUCAGGCUCAGGGGCUUAUGACCAUGCCUAUAACGAGACGUUAAAGAGGAUUAGCUUGCAAAGCUCCUUCUCUCAGGACCUUGCCAAAAGAGUACUCGGGUGGCUCACGUUCUCUGCACGACCAGUUAGCGCUCUAGAGCUACAACAUGCUAUUGCGGUUGAAAUUGGUGAGCCCGAGUUUGACGAAAUGAACGUCACAGAUAUUGAAGAGAUCGUUUCUGUCUGCUGCGGGUUAGUCACGAUUGACGAAAACAACAACAUGGCGAAGCUCGUACAUCUUACUGCCCAGGAGUACUUGGAGCGAACGCGGGAGGCUUGGUUUCCCACCGUCCAUGAAUACCUCACAAACACCUGCCUCACAUACGUGUCCUUUGACGCCUUUGAGCAGCAAGCCUUAUUAGAAAGUGGCCGUCAAGAGCAUAGGCAAGAGUACCCGCUUUAUCAGUAUUCUGCUCAUGAGCUAGGGACGCAUCUCCGCCAGAGCUUGGGCAGCAAUACGCUUCUCUCUUCAUUCAUCAAGAAUGAUGCCAAAGUUACACGGUGUAUGCGAGAGAUGUUCGGCCUGUCGGAGACUUCUUACAGGUUUUCUGGGAUCCAUCUCGCGUCAGUCUUCGGCCUAGAUCAGUGCAUGGAAGAACUCGUCGGGGUCGACAGCAACUCAGUGAAUGCUCGGGACUACCUUGGUCGUACACCUCUCACCUGGGCAGCAGGAUUUGGCAAUAAGUCAGUUGUUGAUUUUCUACUCGAUCGUGGAGCUAUUGUCGAUUCUGCUACAUCCGAGAACUUCACACCUCUCUUCUACGCCGCAGCAUAUGGUUACAAUGAAGUGGCCAGUCUGCUGAUUGACCGAGGUGCGAAUGUUCAUCAUGAGAAUGCGAACAAGGAAACUCCUAUAUUCUUUGCAGCGAAGAGCGGCGCUGGAAUUCAACGGGGUCCUAUAUCGACUAUCAGCAUGGGCGAUCAUGCACUUGUCAUGAAAGUUCUACGAGAUGCAGGAGCCAACAUCAAUCAAGAGAACAAGCAAUGGGAAACCCCCUUAUUUACAGCCGCGGCAAAUGGCAAUCUGCGUGCUGUUGAAUUGUUACUCGAUUGGGGCGCCAGAAUAAACAGCACUGAUAGAUGGAAACACCAUUUAGCAGACCCACUGACAGCUGCAGCACAAAAGGGUCAUGUCGAAGUAACCAGGCUUCUUAUUGCAAAUGGUACAGGCUCUCCCAGAUUAAUGAGGGACACAGACGUCUCCGCAUCUUUCUGGGGACUAUAUUGUUUGACAGAGGCUGGCUUGGGGAGAGACGACUAUGCGAUCGAAGCAAUUCUCAAGGAAUCCAGUAGUCCUAGCUUCCAAGACGAAUUCCACCGUCUGCCAUUACACUGGGCAGCAUCGCGAGGCGAUAUUACCCUUGUGCAGCGCAUCUUAGAGACCGGGUGUGACCCCAACCCCAAAGACAUAUUCGGCCGAACACCCCUUUUCGCAGCCAUUUGCAUGGGUCAGGUCAAAGUGGUCAAAAUUCUGCUUGAUCACCCCAACGUUGAAACUCAUAUCGAAGACAGGUUGGGAUUUUCUCCGCUACAGGAGUCAUAUCGAAGACACGUUUCCCUUACUGAUAUCAAAUACAACCCUUUCUACAUGAUAGGCAUAACCGAUGCAAAGCCCUGGAGAGAGAUUACCGACCUUCUAAAAGCCAAGAUGGGCCAACACGAGGAGGUUCUGGAUCAUAAAGACUUCCUUCCUUUUGCCCGCUAUAUGCUACCGCAGGCUCCAUUCUACGACCAUUGCGAUCCGACCGUUUGA